AUGGUUCACAGUGCCAAGGCAAUGCAAAAAAUGGUUGCCAUGGCCCAAAAGCUAGGCCAGUCCGAGCCCCAGCAUGCAAAGCUAGCCAGCGAGAAUACCAAGUUGCAGCAUACAAUAAUCAGACUCGAGAGAGAGAGGGACCAAGCCUGUGGGAUGGUGGACGAGUUGAAGGGAAAGUUGGACGGCGCUGAGGACAGCCUGCACCAGAAUCUCACGGAGCUAGAAUUGAGCAAGAAUGAGGCCAAGGCUUCUUACCAGCAGGGCUAUAAUGAGGGGAUCAACGUAGCCACUGAGAGCUACAAAACUCAGAUGCCCGUUAUUCAAGAUCAGAUCUGGGUUGCUGCUUGGACAGCAUGUCUGACAAAAGCUAGAACUACUAAAGCAUCCCCUUUGUGGACAGAGAAUGACCUCACUAGCAUCAUGGCGGCACAAAACAAAGAGAUUGCCGAGGAGGAAGAUAGUCUAGAUAAGGAGCUCGAUGCCAAUGUCUCUGAGCAGCAUGGUGUGGACGCCGAUCAAAACGUUGAAGGGACCAACCCUGGCCAGAAAGAAGCCAGUGGUGGUCCAACUGAUGGGAGCACUGUUGUGGAAGACACACCUGCACAGACCUCUCAUCCUCUAGUCUUAACUGUUGACAAACAAAAGCCCAAGUAUUAUCGUACUUGGCUUAGCUGUAUGCUCACAUAUGCACUCCAUGUAUUCGCGUACAGGGAGUAA